AUGUCGUGGUUAAAACUGAGAAGUCCAAAUAUCCUUACUGGUGUUUGUCUGAAACCAUUAGGAUGUAUACGCAAUUACAGUCAAAAAAUUGAUAAAACACCUAAACUAUUAACACCAAUUGGUCUCUCAAAUUCUCCUCUGGACAGCUCAGACAAAAGUAAACAAUCCAAGUUGACAGCUAGUCAACGUCAAGACAAAAUUCUCAGAGAAAUGAGAGGAUCCAUAGUCCAGGAUAUUUCUGAAGUUCAAGAAAAAAACGGAAAGUUAUUCUAUGCUCCACCAAGGGUAUUCAAAAAGGAGGCCUCUCUCUGGAUGUACAAUUUUGAAGGAAAAUCUUUAUCUAGUGAAAAAGUGAAUCUUUACAAGAAAUGUCAGGGAAGACCCUCUGUACUUUUGCUCUUUGUAAAUAGUUAUGGCGAAAACCAAUGUAAACAGUGGAUACAGAAUCUCGAUAAAAUUACCGAAUUUCCAGUCUUCUUUUUUAAUGUCCAGUCCAAUAUAAUGAAGUACUUUUUAACUCGAUUGUUUUCCGGAAGUAUCAAGAGUUCUCUUCCUUCAAAGGAAAGUUGGAACAACUAUGUUAUUUCGUUGAAUAAAAGGUUACGUUAUCCUGAAAUCCAAUGGAACAAUCGAUUAGUUGGAAAUGUGUUUUUACUUGAUGAAUCUUGCAAGAUAAGAUGGGCAGGGACGGGCUUUCCGACAAACGAGGAGUUGAAAGAAUUUCAUGCUGCUUGCAAAUAUUUGCAAAGCCAGUCAUCAAAAGUAUAA